CUCCGACCUGUACUCCGCUGCGUGUUCCGCCGCCGCCGUCGCCGUCGCCGUCGCCGCCGAUCUCGUCUCGGGUCGCCUCUCUAUCUGAGAUUUGGAUCGGGCGAGGCGGGCGGCGCUCCAGUCGGGAUGGCGCUUGUGUUGCAUUCUGGAAGUGGCAACAAAAAUGCCUUUAAGGCACUUAUUGCUGCGGAGUACAAUGGGGUCAAGGUUGAGCUGACCAAAAAUUUUGAGAUGGGUGUCUCAAACAAGACCCCUGAGUUUCUUAAGAUGAACCCCCUUGGGAAGAUUCCUGUUCUUGAGACUCCUGAUGGCGCUGUCUUUGAGAGCAAUGCUAUUGCACGCUAUGUUGCUCGUUUGAAGGACAACAACACUCUCUGUGGUUCUUCUCUUAUUGAAUAUGCCCACAUUGAACAAUGGAUGGACUUCUCUGCAACAGAGGUUGAUGCCAAUAUUGGAAGGUGGUUGUACCCAAGGCUAGGUUUUGCCCCUCAUGUUCCUGCGCUUGAGGAAUUUGCUAUAACUUCAUUAAAGAGGUCGUUGGGUGCUCUUAACACACACCUUGCAUCAAACACAUACCUUGUUGGGCAUUCAGUUACUCUAGCUGAUAUUGUGAUGACAUGCAACCUCUAUUAUGGGUUUGCGCGUAUCUUGAUCAAGAAGUUCACCUCUGAGUUCCCUCAUGUUGAGAGGUACUUCUGGACCAUGGUAAACCAGCCCAACUUCAAGAAGGUGAUUGGUGAUUUCAAACAAACAGAGUCUGUGCCUCCUGUUCAGAAAAAGGCUGCACCCCCUAAGGAACAGAAAGCAAAGGAGGUCAAGAAGGAGGCUCCGAAAGAAGCCCCAAAACCAAAAGUUGAGGCACCUGAGGAAGAGGAGGCACCAAAGCCAAAGCCAAAGAAUCCUCUUGAUCUACUGCCACCAAGCAAGAUGAUUCUUGAUGAGUGGAAGAGGCUAUACUCGAACACAAAGACCAACUUCCGUGAAAUUGCUAUUAAAGGUUUCUGGGACAUGUACGACCCAGAGGGUUACUCUCUGUGGUUCUGUGACUACAAGUACAAUGAUGAGAACACCGUAUCAUUCGUGACAAUGAACAAGGUUGGCGGGUUCCUGCAGCGGAUGGAUCUGUGCCGCAAGUAUGCUUUUGGCAAGAUGCUGGUUAUUGGCUCCACCCCGCCCUUCAAGGUGAAGGGACUCUGGCUCUUCCGUGGUCAGGACAUCCCCAAGUUCGUCAUGGAUGAGGUCUACGACAUGGAGCUCUAUGACUGGACCAAGGUCGACCUCUCCGAUGAGGCCCAGAAGGAGCGUGUCAAUGCCAUGAUUGAGGACCAGGAGCCAUUCGAGGGCGAGGACUUGCUGGAUGCAAAAUGCUUCAAGUGAGCAGCGCAACGCGUUUGCAAGCAAAUCAGCAGUGGCAAAAGUACUAUUUUAGGCCUUGAAUUCAGAGUCGGAACAGUUGUUUUUCCGGGUGGAGUUUGCUUUUUUUUUAUUACUUGCUGUCAAUUUGACCUGGUAUACCCUGUGAACUGGUUAAUUUUGUGCAAUGUGUCAGAUUUUGGAUA